AUGGCUAUUUGGUUCUUAAUUAAGGAAACGAUUGUGAUUAUAAUAAUCUGUCACGUGUGUUACUGUUAUUUGGACUUGCUGGAGAACUUAAAAUUGAAGCGAGAAAAUUCGCCGGAACUAAACGAGUUCUUAAGGAGGGUCAUUGAGAAGAAAGACAUCUUCAAGAGCAUACGUGAGACUGCUGAACUUUUCAGUCGCGAUUCGUUACAUAAAAGUGCCCAUCAUAAGAUUGUUUUAAAUGCUUCACUUCCACAUACACAAAAACAUUUUAAGAGGGAAUAUUCGCGACCUGUAAAUGAUGUCUACCCUUACGCAGAUGACUAUGGAAAAUUAGACGCUAGCACCCUUAGGCGACGAAGAUAUGAACGGUUAAGUGGAGAAUUAAAUGAAGAUGAUUACAAUCCAAAUGAGGAUUACGGUUCAAACCACAUAAGAGUUAAUCCGCGUGGUGAGGUGGGAGUCCGUGAGGUACCGGGAGAAAAGUACAGUCAUAGAUUUGCCAAUAGAAAACACCUGUCAAAACGUGAUCUUUCGAAAAGGCUUGCAUUGGGUCAUCGAAUAGUAUACAAGCAACCUAAUGAAUACGUUAAUUUAGAUUCUGACAAGCAUUUCCUUACGAGUAGCAACUUUGAAAAACUCUCACAGUUGUUCUCUAAUCGAGACAGUGAGCAAAUUAACAAAAUUAUUGCACGGCAUGAACAAUCUUCUAAGAAGGACUUUCAAAACCAAAGACACCUUAAGAAACACUUUCGAACGUCUUCCAGUCCCGAAGUAACAUCCGCAGGACCCAUAGUUAACCAACACCCCAACGAUCGCGACCAAGACCAACGCAUUACCCUACUAGACGUCGACCACCCGACAUCAGCUAUUGAACAAUACUUACUCCUAACAAAGCCGAACAUCUUCGUCACUUCUGGAGAAUACUUACCGACACCAUCACCCGAUGCUUCACUGGGUGCAAUAAUAAAUACUGAAUCUGGGGAAUUCUCUGUGAAGGAGUCGAAAGACAUGGUGCACGACUCGCAAUUCGGCGAUCUGUUAAAUGACAGUAGGUUAAAUCGAAACGAUGACCAAGCACCGAGUGGACCUAUUUUGGAUUCGCAAACUGACAUGAGAAAUACAAUUAAUAAUCUUGUGCAAGCCUUAAAUGAAGCAAACAGGAAAUUGAAAAAUUCAAAAUACCUUAAUGGAAAACGAGAUGAUGAAGAGGAAUCUGAUUUUCAAAAACGUAAGUUGCUUUACUACGACGAUCAUGAAUACCCAAUUGGGAGACGCGUGAAAAGAAGGUUGCCGAAAGCAUUUGGACACAUAUACUCAGACUGGGAUGGCAAUGGCAAUGAAAUGAAAAAUUGGGAAGACGAAUAUGGCGAGGAAGAGGACUUUGGCCCAAGUCGAAAGGCGACGUACAAUAAUAAAAAGAACGUCAAGAAUCAUUUCGACAAUAAAUUUAUCGAAGUGAAAAGCAGUGAGGAUGAGUUUGACGUGGUAGAAGCGCAAAACACAGUUGAACAAGCUAGCAGCGUUUCAAUGGGCCAUGGUUCUACAACGCACAGCCCGCUGGAAAUGCUUGGUGCGAGAAAGAAUAAGACGAUGCACAAACCCAAACACAAUAAUGGCACAAUGGCACCCUCAUGCACGAAGAGAGUGGGGCGAGAUGAAACUACUACGCCAAAUUUGGGAUUGGGAUGUGAGUGUAGUGGUUCGUGUCAACGCCAAGAGUGCAAGUGUCAUAACUGCAAGGACACAAAUGACGAAAAGCCUGCGAAUCCUUUUGGCGUGGAAAAUGAAGCGGGAGGUUUCGAAAUUUUGAAGCCGAAACCGGUAAUCGAUAGUACCAAGAAAGUGUAUCUCGAUUUCGAACUGGCAACCGAUUUCCCACUUGAGCCGGUGAGUAAAAAUCCGAAAGUCCGAGGGAGCCAGAGUGAUGAACCAGUAGGUGGCAAGUUAAGCGAUAUUUAUACAAAAUUUCACUCAAAACACGACGAAAAUGAAUUUAAUAAAAAUGAUCUUCGGAACGUGCUUGAAACCUCUUCGGGGUUAGACACUGUUGGUGACAUUAAGAAGGCAGACGAGGUGAUUCAGGCGAGUAUUGACGAAAGCGCGAUUGUUUCAAAUGAACCUGGUAGUACUGUGAAUUAUCAAGCUGUGGACAAAAGGGAAAUUGGCAACAACGAAGAAUUUUCUGUAAAUCUGGACAAAAAGGACGUGGCAUUUCAUAAAUCGUCCGACACAAGGGGGCGCAAAAAGCAUUGGCGGAACCGUCUCCAUUAUCGGCCGUACGAGAACCACGCAAGGCGCUACCCAUACAGACGUUAUGAAAUGGUCGACUAUCCCCAGCUUGAAUUCGUUGAUGAUGAAAAGAAACGCCGGCAUGAUAAAUAUAGAUAUCCAAAGCGAAUUCGAAGGCACAACAGGUUCGUUAAAAAUCGCGACAUUGAGACGUGGCAUCCGCACAAAAGAAUAGCACGAUGGGACAAGCCACAUGGUAAUCGGCCCCUGAAGGAGUGGAUAAAUCCCAAAAAUCCAAAGAUGGACGAAGGGAACGGACUAGAAAGGCAGCUCGAUUUAAACUCAGAGGUAUCCAAUGACUCGCGGAAGCAGUCCGGGAAAUCUCAUGCAGAAUUGAAUGACUACGCACAAAUGCAAGAUACGUUAGAUGGUCAUAUAGCUUUUUCGAUUGUGGAUAAGGUUCUGUCCGAGUUAAAAAACCAUAAGGAACUUUCUGCAAGAUUCCUUAAGAGCCUCUCGAACAGACAACAUAUGGGAAAAGAUACGAAAGCCUUAGAAGCCUUCUUAAAAGCCGAAGCGGAAAACGAUCUUAAACACUCCGAGCAAAUGAUGCACAAUAUAAUGGUGACGCUCAACAAAAUGAUUACGGAUCAAGUCCAACGCAAGAUUUGCAAGCGAAUAGCGCCGGAGUUACGCACAUUUCUCAAGAGAAUCGUGUCGGGCUCUUCUCAAAAAGAAACUGACGAGGAAGCUAAAAUAGUGGAAGAAGGUAUUCCUCUUCCCGUUGUCAAAGCCAGCAAGGCACGAAAGGCUUCUGAUUAUCAACCGGAAAAUUCGUUUCUGUUUAACAAGUGUAGUAAAGAGGCCGAGCACGAACAGAUCGUUGCUAACAUUCAAGAGAAAAUAGAAAUGGUGAAUUCCUUGCUGGAGCGAUAUGAUCGCUUAAAUCAGAGCUGCAAGGAUCAGGCACGCGAUGUGAAGAAGUAUCUGCAUCAACAUUUGGGCAUGCUUCAACAGAUACGACGUAAACUGGAACAUAAGAAGCACACGGCGCCGCGCAGGGCAAAGGAUACGUCUUCAAUGGUUCCAAGUGGUUCGUCCAAAAAACCUGCAAAGAAUACUUUUAAUGUCGAUGCCAUAUUUAAUGAGCAUUUAAAGAAGCUAAAAAGCGAUCACGAAAAUACCCACAUUAACACUGAUUUGGGUACCAAAUCUGAAAAUGAGAAGGAAUGUGAAAGCAAACAGUCGACUGUUUCAAGUCAAUGCCAAAAGCUUGCGGAUGCCGCUGAUCACCUACGCCAAAAUAGAGAGUCCGAGGAAAGAAUAGGCCGAUUGUUUAGUAAAGGAGAAAACGAAUUCGCCAAUAACGAAAACGUAGAUGUGUCUAAAAUUAAAUUUGAGCAAUUAGUCCCUUACAAUUUAGGUUAACAAAAUGGCUAGAUUAUAGAUUCGCAUUUAUUGUAUACAUUUAUAUUAUAUUUGAUCAACAUUUCGUGCGUUAUUAUUAUUCAGGAAACAAAAUCUAAACCUAAAUCCCUUGAUCGUGAGUCUUAGAAUUUCAGACAAUGACUUGCUAGUUUCU